AUGGUUAUUGUCGUGGUUAUUUGGGAGGUUUUGGAAGACGAAGAGGAGCAUUUUUCGGAGCAAAGGCGAGAGUUUCAGCUGUUGUACCUCGGGCUGAAGUCUUCGUUGCAGAGCAAGCUUCCCAUUCAGCCUCCCAUUCCUCCCCCUCCACCUCGCGCAUCGACUUCCGUUUACGCUCAGCCUGCUCUACCUGUCGCUCAUGUUCGACUUCCAGAAAUUAAGAUUCCGGUGUUUGGUGGGAAAAUUGACGAUUGGGUACCUUUUCGCGAUCUGUACGUUUCAUUGAUCCACUCGAAUCAGCAGCUAACGGCGGUACAAAAGAUGCAUUACUUGCGAGCAUCUCUUUCGGACGAGGCAGCUCGUAUCAUUUCAGCACUCGAGCUUUCGGCUGACGAUUACCAAGUUGCUUGGAAUCUUUUGAUGGAUCGAUACGAAAACCCUAAUUUACUUAUAAAGCGGCAUAUAUCGGCGUUGCUGGCGGUCAAUCCCUUGAAAAAGGAAUCUUCUGUGGGACUGUUGGAUCUGACUGACAGUUUCGAUCGCCACGUUCAACUGUUGGACAAGCUCGAAACUACAGAGGAACACUGGAAUUCCUUCCUCGUUGAAAAACUGAGCAGUUGUUUGGAUCCUGGUUCACUCCGAGAAUGGGAAACACUAGUUGACGAUGGAGAUCGACCCACAUACAAAGAGCUUCUCGAGUUUGUCCACAAAAGAUCACGAAUAAUCAAAACAAUCACGCUCUCCCACCUUAACAGUACCCAAUCCGAACCCAAAUCAUCUAGGCCACGCUUCACCACAGCCUACGUCGCUUCUGAAAAUGUCAAGAAGUGCCCCAACUGUAAACAAGCGCAUCUCCUGUUUCAGUGUACCGCCUUCCAGAAUCUCGUACCGCAACAACGAUUUGAAUUUGUAAAGAAGCAUGGGCUUUGUAUAAACUGCUUGAAGGGUACACACAUGGCAAAGGAUUGCUCCAGUGGAUCGUGCAAGUAUUGCUCCAAGAAGCAUCAUUCGUUGCUGCAUUUACCACCAAUUUCGUCAUCAUCGGCUCCUGGUACACCUGCAGCGCAGACCAACCAAUCUACACCAGCAUUGAUUGGUCAAUCCUUUGAAGCAAUCGGUUCGCAUUCGUAUCAAAUGUCGCAACGCGAUGCGAACGCCGUUGUAUUUCCGCCGCCGGUACAAGCCGUUACCUCACCACUCGCGAACUUGUCGUCUCGAUCGUUUCCGCAAUCGUUUUCGGUUGGUAUCGCCCCCUCCACAUCGCCGGUUGAUUCAAUCGUUCUCGGUAAUCAUUCACCUUCCUCCACGUCCUGUCAAGGUGCUGAAGUGACUCAAGUUUUUCGUCAAUGUACUGUUGUGCUCUCCACAGCAGUGAUCAAGGUGAAGGACGCUGACAACAACGAACAUUUCGCCAGAGCCUUGCUGGAUAGUGGCUCACAGCCCAGCUUUAUCACCGAAUCACUAUGCCAGAAACUCCGUUUGAAGCGUGUCAAGCUCACCUCGCCGGUCAGUGGAAUUGGUCAAUCCACUGUGAACGUCCACUUCGGAGUUACAAUCUCGCUCGCUUCACGCUACGGAGAUCAUCGCUUCAGUCUGGACUGCCUAGUGCUGCCGAAGCUUACCAUAUCGCUACCCAGCCAUCAUAUCGACGUUACACGAUGGAGGAUUCCUCGUAAUCUUCCGCUGGCUGAUCCCCAGUUUAACAUCAGCCAGAAGAUUGAUAUGAUCAUCGGCGCUGAAUUGUUCUAUUCGCUCCUGGAACAUCAGCAAAUCUCUGUCGCUACUGGGUAUCCACUACUACAGAAGACAGUUCUGGGUUACAUCGUCUGCGGAAAGGUAGUGGAUCCAGCUCCCGAUCCACAGGCAGUUCAGAGUAGUCAUGUCUGCAUGAACGACACACUCGACAAGCAGCUCGAACGGUUCUGGGAAGUUGAAAAUUUUGACGUCGGGAAAGCCUACACUCCCGAUGAGCAGCGUUGUGAAGACCACUUCCAACAAUCCGUCAGUCGAGCUGAAGACGGCAGAUACAUCGUCCGUCUACCUCUACGGGAGGAAAUGCUACCAAUGCUUGGAGAUUCCUACCCACUCGCACUACGUCGGCUCCAAUCCAUGGAGAAAAAGUUUGCUGUCGAUGAAGGCCUUCGUGAAGCGUACCACGCGUUCAUGGAAGAAUAUGAAAGACUGGGACAUAUGGAGGAGGUGAAUCCGUCCGCGUCGCGUAGCCCUCAGUUUUUCCUACCCCACCAUGCCAUCCACCGUCCUGAGAGUACAACCACGAAGAUACGAGUAGUGUUCGACGGAUCCUGCCGAGGUUCUCGCGGCUUAUCGAUCAACGAGGUCCUAUUGUCCGGUCCGACAAUACAGCCAGCUCUGUACUCAACCGUUAUCAACAUCCGCAUGCCUCGCUUCGCCGUCACUGCUGACGCCGAGAAGAUGUUCCGGCAGAUUUGGACACAUCCAGAUGACCGGAAAUAUCAGGAGAUCCUGUUUAGGAAAGAUCCAUCAGAAUCAGUGCGCGUGUAUCAACUAAAAACCGUGACUUAUGGUCUCGCUAGCUCACCUUUCCAUGCUACUCGUGUGCUCUACCAGUUGGCCACUGACGAAGGAGAACGCUUUCCGUUGGCGGUCCCCGUGAUCAAGAAAGGAACGUACGUCGACGACGUACUCACCGGCCACGACGACCUAGAUACGCUCGCUGAAACUUGUCGUCAGUUGAUGGAGAUACUGCAGCAAGCCGGCCUCGUGCUCAGGAAGUGGGCGACCAACGAUGCCGCCGUCCUCGCAAGCAUUCCUCGUCAGCUGUGGGAAACCUCGCGGGAGCUUGAAAUCGAUCGCUCUCCUACUGUGAAGACCUUGGGACUUCUCUGGUUUCCACAAUCGGACACAUUCAAAUUUAAGAUACCAGCUCUGCCACCGCUGAACGCCGCAACAAAACGCCUCGUCGUGUCCGAAAUGUCACAGCUAUUCGAUCCUCUAGGCCUCCUGGGACCAGUGGUGAUUAAAGCCAAGAUGUUUGUCCAAGUUCUGUGGGCAGAACACUUGGACUGGGAUGAAGGGCUGUCCGAAGAAUACGCCGCCUGGUGGGCAGUCUACCGCUCGGAGCUCAGCCAACUACAAGCUCUCUCCGUGCCACGCAGAGCCGUGCAGAGUCGCCAAUACAGCUUACACUGCUUCUGCGAUGCUUCGAAAACAGCAUACGGCUGUUGCAUCUACGUCGUCUCUCGUGACGAUUCCGGACAGCUCCACAGCCAUCUACUGACUGCCAAAUCACGCUUUGCUCCACUGCGUGGACAGUCUAUUCCUCGACUGGAACUCUGCGCUGCGCUGCUCGGUAGCCAGCUUGUCGACAAUCUACGUCGAAACACCGAAUUCGUGGAACCUCCAACAUUCUGGGUGGACUCUACGAUCGUUCUACAUUGGAUCAAGUCACAGUCGAAUGUCUGGAAGGUUUUCGUCUCGAACCGCAUCGCUGAAAUACAGCGUCUCUCGAAGGAUUGCACGUGGAGGCAUGUGCCGUCGGAAUUGAAUUCAGCCGACCGGAUUUCUCGAGGAAUGAUGGCAAGCCAGAUCUCGAAGGACGAUUUGUGGUGGCAUGGACCGAGUUUUCUCAAAACCCCCGUUGACAAUUGGCCCGAGUGUGCGUUUUCGACGCCGGACACUUCCGAUUUGCAACAAGAAGCCGGCCCAAACAUCGUUCUGCAUAGCACAACCGUCGAUUCAUCACUGUUCGAACGAUUCUCGGACCUAGCCAAGCUAGUACGCGUCGUAGCACGAUGCUACCGAUUUUUCAGCAACGCAAGGCUCCCCCGGAGCGAACGCACUAUCGGUUCACUAACACCAGAGGAAGGUGAACAUGCGCUCAAGAUUCUAGUGCGAGAAGUUCAACUAGCGUCCUUCCCGGCUGAAGUUUGUUACUUUCGUCGCCUGCAAGAUGCACCAUCCGCUGCAGCAAUAUCCCCGUCGAAAUCACCACUCAAGGACAUGAAGCUGUUCAUGGACCAGUUCGGCUUGCUCAGGCUCAACGGAAGACUAGCCAACAUGAGAGCACCGUACGACACUCGUUUCCCGAUAUUACUUCCAGCUGACCAUCAACUCAGUUGGCUCAUCGCAAGGUCCAGCCACGUCCGAACACUUCACGGUGGUCCUACACUCACACUCGCUACUGUUCGCCAGCGAUUUUGGCCAGUCCGGGGUCGGCAACUAGUACGCAAGGUGGUACGCCGAUGCGUAACCUGUUUCCGAUGUAAACCACGGGUAGCACAGCAGAUCAUGGCUCCGCUACCGUCCGUUCGCGUAUCACCUGCCAGACCGUUCAUACACUCUGGGAUGGAUUACUGUGGGCCGUUUCUCGUACGUCCGUUAAGUGGUCGGGGCGCGUCGGUUAAAAUGUACGUCGGGCUAUUCGUGUGCCUCGUGGUGAAGGCCGUGCAUCUCGAAGUCGUCGCCGAUCUGUCGUCCGUCGCCUGCAUAAACGCCGUCAAGCGAUUCGUAGCUCGUCGCGGGCGAGUGCUUGAAUUACACUGCGACAACGCGACUGCCUUCGUCGGGGCAGACCGAGAACUUCGUACGAUGCGAGAGGAGUUCCGUCGUCAAUUCAAAUCCGAGGACUGGGAGAACUUUUGCCUGGAAAGCGGAAUCAAGUUUCGCUUCAUCCCGGCCCGUUCACCGCAUUUCGGCGGUAUCUGGGAAGCCGGAAUAAAAUCCUUCAAGCACCACUUCCGGCGCAUCAUGGGCAACCGCUCCUUCACCGUAGACCAGCUCCAGACCGUCGUUGCCCAGAUUGAAUCGGUGCUCAAUUCCCGUCCUCUUUCUCCGCUUACAGAUUCGCCUGACGAUUGUUCCGCUCUGACUCCUGGUCACUUCCUCGUCGGUGAACUUCUCGUGGCAAUCCCGGAGCCCAACUUGAUCGACGUAAACCCGAAUCGGUUGUCACGCCUCCAAGAGAUGAAGCGGUCGGUCCAAGACCUUUGGCGUUGCUGGCAGCUGGAUUAUGUCAGUCAACUCCAGCAGCGAACAAAGUGGAAGCAGUCCCAAUCCGACAUCCGCACCGGCCAACUGGUACUGAUCAAGCAGGCGACCGCACCACCACUCCAAUGGCCGUUGGGGCGGAUCAUCGAAACCGUGGCAGGGAAGGAUGGAAGAGUCCGGGUGGUCGUGGUCAAGACCGGUUCCGGGCAGUACAAACGGGCGAUUACCGAGAUCGCUAUCCUUCCGAUAGAUCCCGACGAAGACAACGCAGGAGCUAGCUCAUGCCUAGCUCAACUUCGCAUCGAAGAAUGUGCUGAUGAUGGUUGA